UUAAUAAACUUAUUAAUAUGCGUCUUAAUUUGCCCAAAUAUAUUUAAUUUUUAACUCUUUCUGAAUUAUAAUUUUCUUGUAGGGCUAAGAUAACACACUUGAGAAUUCCGGCCAAUUUGUGUUAUUUUCGAGAUUUAAUUGAUAAGCGAAUAAAAUUAGAUGAAAGACACAUAAAAGCCCUACAGACGACACCUUUUCACAACUUUCUCAAUAUACCCACAUCCUUGAGCAAUGAGCAAAUAGCAAUUGAUUGCUUGAUUCAAAAUUUUAAUCCUGAUAAAUGCUCAUUCAUGAUUGGGAAUAAAAAUUGUGUGUUCGGUAUAGAUGAUAUUCACCGAAUUACCGGAUUGCCAAAGGAGGGAAUUCCGAUAAAAAUGAGUGGGGCAGCGGCUAAUACAAUCUACACCUAUUUUGUAAAGAAUUAUAAGAAAGCCGAUGAGGAAAAGAAGGCGGUGAUUUCGGGGAAGCGCGAUAGAAUGGCCGAGAUGAUUGUAGAUAUGAUUAAUGAAGACCCUAUAAUAUGUGUGAAACUUAUUGUGGCUUUCAUUAUCGGCUUCAUAUUAUGCCCGCGGACAUGUAAGACAUGUCCCUUGUGGGCGUUUAGAUAUGCGGAGCAGUUAUCAACUUUGCAUAAAUAUAAUUGGUGCCAUGCGGUGUUCACUCUUCUUUGCAAAGAGAUGAGUAAAUCAAAGAAGUCUCUUAGUAUGCGGGAAUUAGGUCAGCGCUCAAAUGCCGGGUACAUGGGUGGUUUUUCCUCCGUUUUACUGGUUUGGUUUUAUGAAAAAGUAGGGGAAUUAGAGUACACUUCAGAUAUUGAAAGGUUACCGCCGCUCUUUUGUGUGAAGAGUACUGGAAAGUGGAGGAGGACUACUAUGAACAAAUUAUAUAGAGUCCCGAAGUUGGUUACGGAUAAUGGCCAAGAGAAUACUCCUCUUAUUCAUACGGCAUCGCCAAUAGUAUUUGAAUCAAGGAAAGCUGAAUUAAUUUUCUUAAUUGCGGAGAAGACGUACGAGUUGAAUGAGCUCACUACAGAAUUACGAGAAUUAGAAGAGCGUAGUGCUAGAUGCCAAAAAAAAACCAAGGAGAAAGAGGAUGACGGAAAUGUAACUGAAGAAAAAAAAAAUCAAAGAGGAUAUGGAAGGUAAGGAAUAUGAGAAUUUGGAAGGAACUGGGGAAGCCGAUUUAUGUGAU